CGAAGGCGGGCCGCGCGUGACGACGUCUAGGGAACGCGCGCGCCGCCGCGGGGCCAGGCCGAGCGCUGCUGGUGCUGGUGGCGUCCGAGGCUGAAGGCUUGGCGAGAAGGGCUUGCGGCCGCGUGUGGGGCUGUCGGUAUUGUGGCUGCCGAGGCUACCCGCUCCUGGUCAUGAGAGCAGAGACACAAACUGUCCUGUCCCAAGUCGCUCUUCAGAGAGAAGCGGACAGAGCCGCCGUGCCUUCCGAGCCUCUUCGAAACGUCACACAGUAACUGCACGGUUUCAGCCAGUCUCCGCCGCAGCUAGCUCCCUCGCGGGGGAAACGGGAGAGGCCCGGCGGUGUGGGCUCUGCGUUUCGUCGGGCGAUAGCGCGACUCUGGCACCCUGGCCCGAGAUCUACACUGGAUCACGAGAAAGAGUCCUGAAGCAAAGACAUUUUAGAGAAAAAAUAUUCAAGGGCCAUGCAGACCAGCUGUAACCAACUCCAUGAUCCUCCAGGCAGUGCACAUGAUGAGGGCGCUGCAGCCUCCCAGUGUGUUCACCCAUCAAGGUCGACAGAAGGUUCUCUUCACCCUGGAGACGUACACAUCCAAAUAAACUCAGGACCUAAAGAAUACUCUGAAAGUCCAAGCUCUAGAAACACACGGUCGGGUGUCUGUACCUGUGCCCAUGGAUGUGUGCAUAGUCGUUUCCGGAGUUACUCCCACAGUGAAGCAAGGCCACCUGAUGAUUUUGCCACAGAGUCUGGGGAACAUGGAAGUGGCUCCUUCUCAGAAUUCCGAUAUCUCUUCAAGUGGUUGCAAAAAAGUCUUCCUUAUAUUUUGAUUUUAGGCAUUAAACUUGUUAUGCAGCAUAUAACAGGAAUUUCUCUUGGAAUUGGGCUGCUAACAACUUUUAUGUAUGCAAACAAAAGCAUUGUAAAUCAGGUUUUUCUAAGAGAACGGUCAUCAAAGCUUCGGUGUGCUUGGCUAUUGGUGUUCCUGGCAGGUUCUUCCGUCCUCUUAUAUUACACCUUCCAUUCUCAGUCGCUUCAUUACAGCUUGAUUUUCUUAAAUCCUACACUCGAACAGUUGAGCUUCUGGGAAGUUCUUUGGAUCGUUGGGAUUACAGACUUCAUUCUAAAAUUCUUUUUCAUGGGUUUAAAAUGCUUGGUUUUGCUGGUGCCUUCUUUCAUCGUGCCUUUCAAAUCAAAGGGAUAUUGGUACAUGCUUUUAGAAGAAUUGUGUCAGUAUUACCGAAUUUUUGUUCCCAUACCAGUUUGGUUUCGGUACCUUAUAAGCUAUGGGGAGUUUGGUAAUGUAACUACAUGGAGUCUUGGGAUAUUGCUAGCUUUACUCUACCUCAUACUAAAACUUUUGGACUUUUUUGGACAUUUGAGAACUUUCAGACAGGUCUUACGAAUAUUUUUUACACGACCAAGUUAUGGAGUGCCUGCCAGCAAGAGACAGUGUUCGGAUAUGGAUGGUAUUUGUCCAAUAUGUCAAGCUGAAUUUCAGAAGCCAGUUCUUCUCUUUUGUCAGCAUAUAUUCUGUGAAGAAUGUAUUACCUUAUGGUUUAACAGAGAGAAAACAUGUCCCCUGUGCAGAACUGUGAUUUCAGAACGUAUAAACAAAUGGAAAGAUGGGGCCACUUCAUCUCACCUUCAGAUGUACUGAGUUGUACAAACUGUUAAGGCCUCAAGACACUAAUUUUAUCUGGUUUGGUAACUAUUGAUAAAGGCAUUGAUAAAGGUAAUUUGUCUCCAGCAGUAGAAAACAAAUUGUCUUCCCAGGAGUAGAAAAAUGGUUUUAGGGUAUCACAAGACAUGUUUGUAGUUCAGUUUCUCAAAAGAUUAAGUGCAAGAGCCCUGCAUUUUUAAACUAUAUAUUCACCUUAAGAAUAUGCAACAUUUAUUCCACUUAUUUGACAGAUAAUUGCAGUGUUAUAUUGGAAAUGUGGUUUCUUAUUAAUAAUACCAAAACAGCAAUUAGAAACUAGAACUAGCCAUUUUAAAGGGGUUCGGGUACUGUUUCCUGACAUGGUUCUCAGAAUAAAGAUUCUGCAUAGUAUUUUAAAAUGUAUCUGAAACAAUUUUCAGACUUUUAUAAUUCCCAUUCUAAAAAUGCUUAAAUUUUUCAUAAAAUUGUAUUUUUAAAUGAAAGUUCUAAAUGCUAUAUUUUACCUAUAACACAUUUUCUAAGUGAAGAUUUACUGAGGAUGAUAUAUUUUAAUACUGUAUUAUGCUCUAUGACUAGUAAUCAGUGAGAAUAAAUGACUUAGAUCCAUUCACCUGGUGGACCUGUUAAGUGCUCCUUGCCAUUAGCUGCCUUGUGUUUUGUGUAAUACCACGUAAUAGCUUGAAAUGACAAAGUGAUUUGAAUGUGGGCUGGGGAUGUAGCUCACAAGUUUUACCAUCACCAUCGGUAAAGAUGGGAAAGCUUGCACUCAAGGCUGUGGUGGAGCCUGCUUAGUGUGCACUGUGUCCUGGCUGAGUUCUAUAUGGAGGAGAAAUUGGGAAAACAGCAACUUUCACUGGGGGGAGCCAGAGCAUUGGUGCUGGUCAUCUCCAGCUGAUUUCUGCAUGAAGGAAAGUAAUGGAGCACUUUAUCUUUCCUCACGUUUCCUCUGAGCAGCUGAAGUCUUUCCCAUGUCUAAAGGGCUGCUACUAAGGCGUCUCCUCAUUUAUCAUCAGCAACAAGGAAAUGAAAGUGGGAAGGAGAAGUUGAAGCGAAAACAAACUUGCAGUGUAAGACAGGCUAAAGAUGGCUCAGCACAUUAGAACAUGUACUGCUCUUCCAGGACCAAAGUUUAUGCUGAAUGCUGGGAUUAAAAGCAUGUGCCACCACCACCUGACUAAAAUUAAAAUUUAAAGAGAGACUAAAUCAGCACACGGGUAUUCAGUCACUCUAUAUAUGUGUAUAUUGUAUGUGUGUGUGUGUGUAUAUCUGUACACACAAAUAUAAUCUAUUAUACACAAACAUACACACUCCUUACCUAUUGAGAAUUACUGCUAAAUACGUUAAAUCAUCUUCCUGGCUUUGUUGUUUUAAACGUACAAGGGAUAAAGGAGAGAAAGCAAUUUGUGGUUAAAAUUUGGCUGUGAAAAUCAAAUUACUUCCUAUUCAAAACUAAUACACUCAGCCGUCUUACACCACUUAUCACAGCUUCUUACCUAAUAGCUGUUCAGGCACCUUGGCUUUUUAAUAUGAUUAAAUAAUAAAGUAAGUCUGUAGAAGACUAUGAUGGGCUUUUUUCAGAAGGGUAUUAGUCAAAAAUCGAAAAGGGCAGUAAGUAGUAGCAAAUACUUUAAUCCCAGCACUUAAAAGACAGAAGCAGGUGGGCCAGAGUUUGAUACCCACCUGGUCUACAGAGCAAGUUACAGGAUAGGACAGGACAGGCUAUAGAGAAAAACCCUGUCUUGCAGGGAUAGAGGGCAGGGGAAUGUGAUGGGGCUAGUGCAGUGUGUACAGGCACUUGCUGCCACACUGGACGACUUAAAUUUGGUCUCUAGAACUAAUGAAAGAAGUGAGCCAACUCCUGAAAGUCGUUCUUUGACCUCACAUGUAGGAAUGAAUGUACACACAUGACAGACUAUUUUAAAUUGAAAAAAUGUUAAAAUUGACACCAGAUGUGGUGGUGCAUACCUUUGAUCACAGGCCUUGAGAAAUAAAGGCAGACCGAUCUCUUGAGUUCAAGGAUAGCCUGGUCUACAUAGUAAGUUCCAGACCACGUAGAGCUACAUAAAGAGAUCUUGUCUCAAAACAAAAAAAAACAGAAAAUGUAAGAAUGUUGUGGUAUUCAUUAUCAGUAAUGAACUGAAGCAUUUCUCUUGCUUCUGUCCUCUUUGCUUUCACCUCAGAGGAGAGGGCUAAUUUUGUGAAUUCAGGUCAUACUCUCUAAAACAAUCACUGUACCCACAUUAGGAAGUGCUGCUGGGAGCAGAGCAAUGGCUCAGCAGUUAAGAGCACUGCUCCAGAGGCCUGGCGUUGAACUCCACUACCCACAUAGCAGCUAACAGCCAUCUUAACUCCAGUUCCAGAUCUGAUGCCCUCUUCUGGCUUCUUUGAGCCCUGCACACAUGAUACAGACACAUGCAGGCAAAUACCUAUACACAUAAAAAUAAAUGUCCCAAGAGAGAGGGGAGGGAAGGGAAGGGAGAGAUGCUACCAACCACCAGGGACUGAGAUUAUAACGCCUUGCUAGAGACACUUUUAGUUUUUGCUUUUCAGUUUUUUCAAGGUUGGGUUUCUGUACAGCCCUCACUGUCCUGUAGAUCAGCUUUGUAGACCAGCCUAGCUUUAAACACAGAAAUCUGCUUACCUCUGCCUCUUGAGUGCUGGGAUUAAAGGCAGACACCACUAAAUGUGGCGAGAUGGGUGAUUUUUUUUUGUUUUUCAAAUUUAUUUUGUAAUGCCCCUGCAAGGCACAGCGUUGCUCUUAACUGUGGAGCCAUCUGACAUAUUUGCUAAAUUUUUUUUACAAUUAUUUUGCACAUGAAUGUUACAUUAUCAAAGCUAGCUGUUGAUUAUUAAUACAAGAAAGUAUUCCCGCUAUUUUUAUGUGACGCUAGAUUCCAUAUAGCUUGUUGCAUGAAGAUUUUUAAAAGCAAACAAUUCAAGUAUAUUUAAAAUUAACAAGAAUCUGUAAUUUUAAUACAUAAAGUGACCACUAAAAUUUGUUAUAUAUUUAAAUAGCUCUAAUAUCUUGGGAGAAAGUUUUAUAACUGUCAUUUCUCAUACAAAAGUAGUUUAUUAAAUAUGAUAACAUGAACAUAUCUAACAUGUUAAUGAAAAAUUGUACAUUGGUUAUGUAUACUAUAGUAAAUAUGUAUACUAAAUUUUUUUCUCUCAGGUAAUAAAAAAAUCACUUCUAUUUUA